AAACGAUUCUCACUUCGCGGGAUCGCUGAUGACUCUCUUCAGACGUCUGCAGACGCCUUGGCCCUUGCCUCGAACAGUGGACAGGUGUAUGAUCAUAAGAUUACGGAUCGAGACUUUUCGAUUGAAAUUAAAUCGCGCGGACGUUUCUAUUUCGUAUUAUGGAGCCGUAUGACGUAAUUGUUAACCAGCCGGUGGUUAUCGAUAACGGAUCUGGUGUGAUCAAGGCGGGGUUUGCGGGCGACCAGAUACCAAAAUGCAGAUUUCCAAAUUAUAUUGGGAGGCCAAAACAUGUACGUGUUAUGGCUGGUGCUUUAGAGGGAGAUCUGUUUGUGGGUCCAAUAGCAGAGGAGCAUCGUGGCCUUUUAUCCCUUCGGUAUCCAAUGGAACAUGGCAUAGUCACAGAUUGGAAUGAUAUGGAACGCAUUUGGUCUUAUGUUUAUAGUAAAGAUCAGUUAGCAACAUUUAGCGAGGAGCAUCCUGUCUUACUUACAGAAGCACCUUUGAAUCCAAGAAAAAAUCGUGAAAAGGCAGCUGAAAUAUUUUUUGAAACGUUUAAUGUUCCAGCUUUAUUUGUUUCUAUGCAAGCUGUACUUAGUUUAUAUGCAACAGGUAGAACUACAGGAGUGGUUUUAGAUGCUGGUGAUGGUGUUACACAUGCUGUACCUAUUUAUGAAGGUUUUGCUAUGCCUCAUAGUAUAAUGCGAGUUGAUAUAGCAGGACGUGAUGUUACGAGGCAUCUUAGAUUACUUUUACGCAAGGAAGGUAUUAAUUUCAAGACUACAGCGGAAUUUGAAAUUGUCAGAAUAAUUAAAGAGCGAGCAUGUUAUCUUGCUAGCAAUCCACAAAAGGAAGAAACAAUAGAAACAGAGAAAUUUCAAUAUAUAUUACCUGAUGGCAGUCAUUUAGAGAUUGGUCCGGCACGAUUUAGAGCUCCUGAAGUGUUGUUUAGACCAGACUUAAUAGGUGAAGAAUGUGAAGGUCUUCAUGAAGUAUUAACAUACUCCAUCCAAAAGUCUGAUUUGGAUUUGAGGAAAGUUUUAUUCCAAAAUAUUGUACUUUCGGGAGGAUCAACAUUAUUCCGCGGUUUUGGUGAUCGAUUAUUGUCAGAGAUUCGUAGGAUGUCACCAAAAGAUAUUAAAAUAAGGAUAUCUGCGCCUCAAGAACGAUUGUAUAGUACUUGGAUUGGUGGAUCCAUUUUGGCUUCUUUAGACACUUUUAAAAAAAUGUGGGUGAGUAAAAGAGAAUUUGAUGAAGAUGGUAUACGGGCUAUUCAUCGUAAGACAUUUUGAAUUUAAUUUAGAGAAUUUUUCGAGAGUGUUAUAUAUCGCGAAUAAUUUUAUUAUAUCACAAUACGAAAUAAUGGCACACUCGACACAAUAACAAAAUAUAUGCGGUAAAUAUAUUAAUUAUUUAUUUAUAGAUAAUUGCACGCGCGCGCCCGUAUAAUUUCUACAUCAUAUUUCAAGGGAUUAUUCUUUCUGCAUUUCUAAUAUAUAUUUUUAAGAUCUCUGAAACUUUAUUGUUGUUAUUUGAGUUAUGCCAUAUGAACCCAUGUCAUAUUGAAUUAUGGUGUCAGAAAUCAUAUAACUUUUUUUCUUGUGAAAUACAUAGAAAUAUAAAUAUAACAGUUUUUUAAAACUAUUAUCUUUUUUUGUAUCUCAUUAUUUGCAUUCAAUAACAUACAUUAGUAAAACAUUUUUUUUUUAUUUAUACACUAAUAAAUAGCUGCAAAACUGGUUAAUUGCUGUACAGUUUAUUUAUUUUUUUUAAUAUAAUACAUGCAAUUGUACAGUUGCAGUUUAUUAAUGCAAAACAAUAAAUAAUAAAAAAUAAUAAAAAAAGAAGAGUUUAUAAUAUAUUUUGCCAAUUUUUUUAUUAUCAAGUAUGAAUAAUGACAUAAAAAAAUAAAACAUAUUUUGCAAAAAUAAAAAUUUAAAAGAUUUAUUGCUUUUGGCAUCAUAAUUUAAUAUGACUGCAAUAAGGAAACAGAAAUAUUAAGGGUCAGUUAUAAUACAAAAAGAGUUUUGCAAUGUCAACAUCACUUUAUUUUGAUAGAUAUAUACAUAGUGAUUUCGAUAUACAGUUAUAUAUACAUUGGAUAUUUCUGGAAGACACAAUGCAAAGAAAUAAAAGCAAAUCCAUUAAUAUCUUUUACACAAACGUAAAUAUUAUUUGGUAUUAAAUCGAUCAAAGACAAACAUGUAAAAUUUUCUAUUUUAAUAUUUAUUUAUAUAUUUAGUUGUGCUCAGCACUGUCAUAUAUAAUACAGUGGAGUACAAUUUUUAUUUUAAAAAGGGCUAUAUUUCGUCGACUUAAUAUAAUGAAACAAAAUAUUCUGGAAUUUCCAUGUGCAGUAACAUUUAUGCAAAGCACUUGUAAAUAUGUACGCUUUACCUAAAAUAAAUCUAUAUAGUCUUUAUAAGUGCAUGUGAUUGAAAUAUAGAUUUUUACAACUGUAUUGUAACAUUGAGAUUUGUAGCUUUACAUUAAGUAAUUGUUUCCAAUGUAUUUUGUAUCACAUAAAUCAUUAAUUUUUGUAAUGUAUUAAAUGCUGAAAAACACAAAAUAUCAGGAUACUUUUUAUUUAUAUAUUUUAUAUAUAGCUGUGAUAAGAAAAAGAAUAGUUUAUAGACAUUUGUCAAAAAGUUUAUCAACUUUUUCAUUAUUGUCCAAAGAAACAAGAUUAUAUUGGAAAAUAACAAGUGGCAAUAUUAUUAGAUCUGCUUCAAUUAUAUAAUGAUUUGUUAUGAAUAUAUACAAUGUAUAUUGUCUAGUUUCGGAAAAGGAAUAUCGCGAGCAUCAAAAAAAACUUGCUGGCAAUUAUUAUAUUUUAAUAUAUCGCAUAUAUAACAAAAAAUAAAAUAUGAAAUGCUGUAAUGCAGAAAUGUUUAGAAAAUGUGUUUAAAUAUUUUACUUUAGGAACAAUUUGCAAAGAAAUAUCUAUAUUUACUAAUGUAACAAGCGUUUGUACCAUUUCUAAUUAUUUAACAAUGUAUUUUUAUUUAAAUAAGUAAUUAUGUAACGAUUUAGAAAAUACAAUAUAAAAUUCGUCACGAAA